GCGAUGUUUAUGCUCUUAUCGAUCGAGUGGGGGUGUACAAAUACAAACUGAAACCUACCCCAACCGUGUAGCGUAGCGCGGCUCGGCGUUGGAUAAGCACAAAGGACGAGCGACAGAGAACGCGACUUUCAGCAGGGCAGACACGCGUGGACGAGAACGAGCACGCCGUGGAGAUAAACCGCUCCGGCCCAUGUGGUGUGUGCACAGCCCAGGAGCCUGCAUGAAGACGCAAGGACAGCGCCCGAACGGAAUCAGGCAGAGCAGCGAGCACGUAGUAGAGCAAGAAGCAAGGCCCACGGUUGCCAGAAAGGUGAUUUAUCUGUUGUAAAAUGUGCCAAUAAAACGCCAUUUGCCCGUACCGCCGAAGUGAUGCAGUGCAGGGCGAGCGUUUCGAGCCGAUACUCGGUGAUUCCGCACGCCACCACCAGCAAGCGGAUGGUUCUCGGCGGUGGCGGUGGUUCCGCGCACCGCUGUCAGCAGUCAGUGCCGCCGAGACUGCUGGGGAAGGCAGCGGGCGAAGGGUUUAAUGUGGAUUCCGGGUUCGAAACGUCUGACUUCGAUUUUACCGACUUCGCCGAGGAGAUGCUGCCGUCGCGCGAUUUCAUUCAACCGUUUUCGGUCGAGCAGGACGGACUCGCCGGAGAUGGCCGAGGCAUUCCGUUUCGAACCGGCGCGGCCGACAGACGUUGCUCCGGGCUGAGCGCACGCAGAAUGUCCGACUGUCCUCGACGUAUGCUGAACCUGCUGCAUGGCGCCAAACAUCGUCGCAAGAGUCGCAUAUCGUUUGAUUUUUCCAACGAUCUACAUCAGGCGGAAAAAUCGGUCCAAACGUCCCCGAUCAAGCAUCCGAACAAGAACUGGCGCUUCGAAGAUGCCCGGAAGGCGAUCCUGGUGGAGAUGGAGGCGGUCCUGCAGGUGCGGAAGCCACACGUCCUGCUGCUACGCUUCCCGGAUCCGCAUCUCAGCAAGGAAAUUGUGCAAGGCUUCUCGGCCAGCAUCGAGAAUGUGAUUUUCCAUCGUCCAGCAACGCCAAGGUACUGUGUGGUGCAUUUGAAGCCGGAGGCGGACGUGGACAGCGUCAUGAAACACAUUUCACGAAUCCCGUUCGGUGCCGGAAAAAUCAUGGUCGAACGGAAGACACGCAACGCCGAUCAGAAACCCGUGGUGCAGCCCGAGGACAUCGAUCCGUACACGCUGUUCAUUGGCAAUCUGCCCAACGUGGUGACGGUGCAGACGGUGAAGCAAAUGUUUCCCGCUGCCAAACGCAUCGAUAUCGGUCACGCUCAGCGCAUCAAGCACACCCGGUACGCGUUCAUCCGCUUCACGAACGUGGAGGAAGCGAUCCAGGCGUUCAAAGCCAAUCACAACAAGGUCAUUGACGGGAAAAACAUCAUCAUUCGCUUCCGGCGGCACAACGCGCCGAUCGCGCUGCCCGAGGACACGACCACACCGAAAACGCCCAAGCGCCAAAAACCGGGCCAACAGCAACAGCAGCUCGUGGUGUCGGUCGAGCAGCGGCCGCGGCGGCUCAGCCUGGCGCCGCCGCAUGGUGCACCGGGCCAUUCCGGUACGCUUAGCACGAUCAAAACGGAGAUACUGGACGAAGAUGAGGCGGACGGCGGUGUCCCGGUGGCGCGGAACGUGAAGCGGUACGAAGGGGGUCCGGGUGGUCCGCUGUGUGUCAUCAAGUCCGAACCGGACGAUACGGAUGUGGAGGACAGCCUCGAGGAGGAGGAGGACGUUGACAACAUACGGGACUUUCUGGAGGAGCAGGAAGAGGAGGAAGGGCUGAAUUUGGACGAAAUCAAUCCGGACGAAAACUACUGCGAAGAUGACGAUACGGACAUCGACAGCUUUGGCAAGAACUACUGGACGCUGGAGCAGCUGCGCCGCAACGCGGGCGACAAUGGGUCCGGCUCGGUGAAGAACGGCGAGGAACCGGACCUGGAAUCGGCUACCAAAACGACCUCCACCCAGCUGAUUAAACGCAAGGAUCACAAACCACCGACAACGGUCAUCAAAACGAAGCGUCGCGAUGAUCAGCUUAACGAUCUGUUCAGCUGCCUCGAGCCAGACGACGAUCUAUCGUUAUGAGAUUCGAUGGAACUGUUCUCGGACUUCAUUCAAUAUGUCACGCUUAACUAGUGUGGCAGAAGUACCGUUCGUCGAAAAGCCGAAGUUGGCAAAAGCGAGAACGUGCGAGUGAAGCAGUCCCGAUACGAGAGCAGUUCCUGAAAGCGCUAGACAAGAUUUCUCAACAACAGUCCCGAAAUCUGUUGGUGUUGUAGGCGAGUUCAGCAAGUCGAAACAAUUUGCAUUUAUCCUGAUUCCGUAGAUAGAAGGCCACACGGCGCUUUGCUUGUGCGUCAAGGUUGGUCGUUUUUUUCGGAGGUGGACAUUAGGCAGUAGACGCGGGACCAGUACAGUAAACCUCCCGGUUCCUAUUUGAUCCUUUCCGCUAGGAAACUAAGCUGUCCCACAGACCGAGAGGCGAUGAAAGCUACACUACAAAGGAAGCCAUAAUUAGUUACCGUUACGCGUGUGUUCUGAGCGCUUGAAUAGCAACUUUCUUCAGUAUUGGUUAUCGUUCGUCGUUUGCAAAUAAUUAUUGCAACUUAUAUAUCGGCAGUAUUCAGUUGAUCCCUUCCAUGGCGGGUUCGGUAAAGGGGUUUUGUAUUACUAGCGAAAGUAUUAUUAACCAUUAGCCAUUUUAACUAACUCACGGAAAGGAUCGUUCUUAGUUGAGGCUUUCGCUUUUUGCAACAAUGUUUGCGCUUAAUUCAAACCUAGAAGAACA